CACGGCUUCAGGCUGCCAGAAUGAAGGGGAAGGUGCAGGAGAGCAGAGCGAGCAGUUAGACGCUCCCAAUGCUGGUCUUCAAUGGAUAAGAGCGUGAUCAAAUUCAGUCACUGUGACAAAGAUAUUUUUUGCUUCUUUGUGCCAGAGGAAUGCCCCGAGUGUGGCACAAGCUUCAGCGGGAGAAGGCUAGAGGAGGCACCUAUCAGCAUCCCUAACCCCUUCACCAACGGCCACAAAACACCCUGUGCUUUCCUCAUCGCUCCAGCGGAGGACAACACGCUCAGAGAAUAUGAUGGUAGAUCAGAUCUGCACACUGGAAUUACUGACACAAAUGGUGUUGUGUAUAACUACACUAAGUCUGGCGUGCGGAGAGACCGUGAGGGCUGGGAACACUGCAUCAGCAUCAUGUUAGUCCAGCCUGACAUGUACAAUCUCAUCAAUCAGUGGGAUCAGUAUCUGGAGAAAUUCUCCUCAGCCCAGAUGUGGGAUCCACUCUGGCAAAGCUUUAAUGAGGAAAACCACAACUGCUACAGCUACACACUGAUGUUUAUAAACUGCGUGCUGGCCAUGCAAUCCAAGCGAGCGCUCAGCAAAGACGAGUUCACGCAGACUUUCAUUCUGCCACGUGUCAAAAGGGCAUCCAAGUACACCAUGCUGUGUCAGGAGAUUUCCCAGAACCACUUCUAUAUUGUGGACAGUCCAAAGAGAAACUCGCAGGAAGGACAGGAUGAUGAAGAGAAAGAUGGGAAGUCUUAAUUUGAGUUUUUCCAAUGCUGGUUCAACUCUUCUGUUUAACUGGGUUCUGCUUUAAAGAUACACCAAACAGCAAUAACAUUAUGAGCACUGAGAGGUGAAGUGAAUAACACCGAUUAUCUCCUCAUCAUGGCACCUGUUAGCGGAUGGGAUAUAUUAAGCAGCAAGUGAAUAGUUUGUCCUUAAAGCUGAUGUGUUAGAAGCAGAAAAAAUGGGCAAGGGUAAGGAUUUGAACGAGUUUGACAAAGGGCCAAAUUGUGAUGGCUAGACGACUGGAUCAGGGCAUCUCCAAAACUCCAGCUCUUGUGGGGUGUUCCCGGUCUGCAGCGGUCAGUAUCUAUCCUUUAAGUCCUAUAAGUCCAGUAAGUAUCCUUUAAAUCCAGUAAGUUGCAAGGUGGGGGGCCCAUGUAUCUAGUGGAGUCCAUGCCUCAACAGGUCAGGGCUGUUUUGGCAGCAAAAGGCGGACCAACACAAUAUUAGGCAGGUGGUCAUAAUGUUAUGCUCAAUGCCAGUCAAAAGUACUGUAUGUCUCAAUGACAAACUAAUGAUAUUGAAUCUGACUCAAAUCUUUUAAUAUCUGACUCAUGUAUUACUGAUAUCUGACUAAUAAUACAAGUAUGUUUCAGAAACCUUAUCCUGGCUCUUGUAUUAAAAUUGGGUUUUUAAUAAACAGCCAUGCCUUUCUA